UUUCAUUUUCCUUAAUAAAAAAACUUAGAAACAACGUCAAGUUUUCUUGUUAUAUAUCACUGUUGCUCAUUAGUCUUCUCAGCAUCUUGCCCUCGCUUCUUCAAUUUGAUUUUUCACCCUCCUUCUUCUUGAGUGAUUGCCACCUAGUAAAUCUUUACAAUGAGCCCGAGCGCCUCUAACUCUAUAUGCUUAGUUCAUCAGUUGGAGAACAUAGAAGAGAAUGCUCCUGCAGAUUGGCCUGCAUCAUCCUGUCCCCCUCCUGAUACUCCAACUGAAUCUAUGGAGUUCCUUGCUAGAUCAUGGAGUCUUUCAGCCAUGGAACUCUCCAAAGCACUGCAUAGCACCAACAAUUCGAUCUCCACUGGUAUAGAGAUGCCACUUUCAUGCCCUUCAGGCCACCAAUUUGAUACCAAGUGUUCCACCGCUUCAAAAGAUUUAUCUAACGGGUGUUUCCCUCCAUUUUCGCCAAAAGACAGUAAUGAAAAGAAGGAUUUACUUUUACUCCAUCAAGCACUCAAUCCAGAAUUCCUUUCCAGUCAAAAUUUGCUCAGAAAUGGGCUUUACAGGAGCUUGCUAAGAGGGAGGACAAUGGGUAGGUGGUUGAAAGAUCAAAAGGAGAGGAAAAAGCACGAAAUUAGGACCCAUAAUGCUCAUUUACACGCUGCAGUAUCUGUGGCUGGUGUUGCUGCCGCUAUUGCAUCAGUUGCAGCUUCAAUGGCAUCGCCUGAAAUGCCUUACGCAAACCAAAAGAACCCUCCCCUGGCUUCUGCUGCAAUUGCAUCUGCAGCGGCUUUAGUAGCCUCUCACUGCAUCGAGAUUGCAGAAGAUAUGGGGGCUGAGCAUGACCAAAUCUUAACAGUAGUCAACUCUGCGAUUAAUGCAAAAACUAAUGGAGAUAUUAUGACUUUAACAGCUGGAGCAGCCACAGCCUUGCGAGGAGCGGCUACUCUAAAGGCAAGGCUGCAGAAGGGGCCUGGAGCUACUGCAAUUCCUCUAGCUGAGGAAAAGUGUAAUGAAAGCAAAGAAGCAAACAUCUUGACAGCACUGGACUACGUCUUUAGAGGUGGAGAACUUUUCAAACGUACAAGAAAAGGAGAUCUUCACUGGAAGCAAGUGUCUUUCAAUAUAAAUUCAAAUUUGCAGGUUGUCAUCAAAAUGAAAAGCAAGCAUAUGGCAGGAACAUUCACGAAAAAGAAGAAAUAUAUAGUCACCGGAGUUUGCAAUGAUAUCCCAGUUUGGCCCGGAAGGGAGAAGGAAGACAUCAAUGAAAAGAGGGCAUAUUUUGGAAUAAAAACAAAAGACAGGACAAUAGAAUUUGAAUGUGUAAGUAAAGGAGACAAACAGUUCUGGCUUGAGGGGAUCCAGUAUAUGUUGAAUUGCCGUGUCAAAGUAACAAUAUAAAAAAAAAAGGAUUGACAUUGGGAUUGCUGUAUAUAUGCCUCUUUUUUUUUUUUUCUUUCCUUUUCCCUCACACAGUGAUUGGAGGGGUUACUUUAUAAAGGAGUAGAGUUGACAGUACCACUGUAAGAUUUCACUGACAAAAUUGUUGAGACUACCAUUUCAGUGGA